UUAACAUCCAUCGAAAUCGUCCUUAAAUAGCUGUUUAUAGGUUUUGGUUUUCUUGUUGUGAAAUCGUUUCUUACUGCUAAUUUUCGUUCGUCAAUAGUCAUUUUGGUUGCGUAAUAGCAUCGAACAAGUCCUUUGUUACUCUCGUAUCUUGGCAUUGCACUGACUCUGGCUCAUUCAAACUCUUUUUUUUGGUUUUUUUAGUAGUAAUUCUAUUCAAUUUUCCUUUCUACCAUGUCAGGGUGGUGGAACUCGAAUUCGCAGUUUGCGGUAGAUGUAGAAAAAGCUACUUCAGAAACUCUUCCUGCUGGAGCAGAAGAAAUUGCUUUAAAUUUGGAGAUUUCUGACCAAAUUCGAAGUAAGUCAAUUGACGCGAAAUCAGCCAUGCGUAUUUUAAAGUCACGAAUCGAUCAUUCCAAUCCAAAUGUCCAGUUGUUGGCAUUAAAGCUUUGUGAUACAUGCUUAAAAAACGGCGGAUUAUCGUUUGUAAGUGAAGUCGCUUCCAGAGAAUUCAUGGAUAAUUUGGUCUCCAUCCUCCAUUCUCCAUCCGGAGUCGAUGAAGAAGUUGAACAGGCCAUUCUUUUCUACAUACAAUGUUGGGCACUUGCUGUCCCUGAGAAAAAUUCCAGCAUUCGGUACAUUCUUGAUGUAUACGAGCAAUUGAAAGGAGAGGACUAUUCCUUUCCCGAGCCGCCCCAAGCUAUUUCUAGUAGCUUUCUCGAUACAUCUACUCCUCCGGAAUGGACUGAUAGUCAAGUUUGUUUGCGAUGUCGAAUACCCUUUACUUUUACCAAUAGAAAACAUCAUUGCAGAAAUUGUGGCGGUGUUUUUUGCAACCAAUGUUCUUCAAAAACCAUGGUCUUGCCUCAACUUGGAAUCAAUACUCCUGUCCGAGUUUGUGAAUCCUGUUAUGCUUCUAAGAACAAGCAGAGUGAGCAAUUAAAACUACCAAGGGACAAAGCUUUCAAAACUGAUCGAAAAGACACAUCUCAAAAGCCAAAGAAACCUCAGGCCAACAAGGUGCAGCCUUCUGCAGCAAAUAAAGAAGAUGAGGAUUUGAAGAGAGCUAUUCAACUUUCUUUAAGAGAAGUAGAGGAAAAGCAAGAAAAACCUUCAUCAUUCGAAUCGAAACCCCCAAAAACAGAAUCACAUGCCCGUGGCCCUCCAGAUGACGAAGAUGAUGAAUUAAAACGAGCCAUAGAAAUUAGCCUUCAGGAAGCAAAAACUACCAACGAGCAAAACAAGUCUAAUAUUGCUACAGAAACAAACGCUCCGUCAUACAGUUAUCCAACUAUACCUUCUCACACCAUUUCUACCAGUUUACAUGGCUCUCCAUUUACAUCUCCGCGUGUUCCUCAAGCAACCACUGCAAUGAUUUCUCAUGCUGAUGCUGACAAUAUUACAUUAUAUGCUACACUUGUGGAAAAGUUAAAGAAAUCUCCUCCCGGUUCGAUCUUUACAGAAUAUCAAUUACAAGAGUUACAUGAAAACAUGGGGUUUAUGAGAACAAAGAUGAUGAGGUCGUUAGGUGAAACGAUAAGUAAGUACAAUAAAUUACUACAGGCUUUUCAAAAGCUUCAAACGUGUAUGCGCUUAAAUGACGCUCUGCUUGACCAAAGGCUUUCGUCUGCUUAUCGUCAUCAUCCUUCUGGCUCUUCCUUUGACCCACCUCAAAAUAUAGUGAGCUCUCCUAGGAAGGAACUACCAAUUGAGGCUCCCCGUCCGGUUGCUCAAUCUCAUUCAGUACGAGAAGCUGUUUUAGAUAGAGAUGCGCCAAAGGAUAUCCAGUAUGAAAUAAGGGCUCCCUCUUCUGAAACGAUUUCCAAUUACUAUAAUUUAGGUACUGAUGUUCCGACGGAAAGGCUGGAGAGCGUCAGAAUACAGGAACCUAAACGCGAAGAAAACAAUGAACCUUUGGCACAUGAAAACAUUGAUGAUGCUAUUGACUAUUAUAAUAUUCAGACUGUUGAAUCUAUGAGGGACGAGAAUGAUUCUCAUAAUCAGAGAUUGGAUGACAAUAAUUUUUCUGAUGAAAAGGACGAUGAUAAUGGAAUACAAGUUCAAGAGGCAAGUCUUAUUGAACUGUAAUUUAUAUACGAUUAAUUAGCUGUUUUACUGUUACAUUUCAUUACGAAUUUUAAUGAAUCACGAAUUUUAUACAAAAAUAAGGGUAAAAAUAAACAGUAACUAUAUAUUUUCCAAAGAUUCCAGCCGAUUAAUUACUAGCAGAAUUAUGCCAAUUGCAAAGCAAAAGACCAAGAUAGCUUACAUUUUAAU